AUGAAUAAUUUUCUUUGGCUUUGUGCCGUUUGUACAAUAGCACUGAAAUGCACAAUUGAUACCACACAAGCGCCAAAUUGUACGUGUUUGUGUAAAGACGAAGCUGGUGAUGCUGUUGAUCCAGUAGACGAUAAAUGCACUUUUACAAAUAUUUGCACCGACUUCAGCGAUAAAAACUUAGAAAUUUACACCGAUGGAACUUCAAUUGAGUUGACUUCUAUAACAAUUGAAACUGAAACAACUUCUGCUGAUGAAAUAACAUCUGAAACUCAGAAAACAUACACCCCUGUUCCAAAAAUCAAUAAACUUAAAAUCAGUCAAUUUUCUCCAAAGAUUGAUCCUUUAAAAGAAUUGACAAUAACAAACACUUUAAAAGAUGGUGUUGAUAGACUUGUUAUCUUCGAAAACACUGAAAUUGCAAGUACUUACAGUAUUGUUUAUAUAAGUCUUGGAAGUGUAUCACAUAUUGACUUUAAAAACUCAUUUGGGUAUAUUAAAGAUAAUUACAAAUACAUUGUAACGUCUUUAAAAACAGACCUCUUUUUAAUUGGUCCAAAAGGUCUAACUUUUUAUAGUCUUCCAGAACCCAUACCAAACGUUGUUAUAACAGAGACAUACGUCAGGUAUUCAACCACUGCUGGCCCCGAAAAAACAUGCACAUUAAAUGAAGAAGGUGGACUUGAUGAAUUUGAAUGCGAAAUGCUUGAAAGUUAUUCGCAGAUGAUACUCAAAGUCAAUCAACCAAUUUUUGUGUCUUCACCCAAAACUGCUAAAAACUGGUUAGAAGUUGAUUUUAAUGCAGAAAAUGUUCAAAUUUCUGGAGAUUCUGCGACCAACCCAGUGUCUGCUACAAUUUUGAGAAUUAAAGGAAUUUUCCAAAUAAGUGGUGGACUUACAAAAUUUUCAGAUUUUUAUAUGAAGACGUCGAUAUCGAACAAAAUUACUUCAGAAGUUUUUGCGCCAGAAAACAUCGAUAUCACCGACUCUGUGGUUUCACCAAUGGUAUUUUUCUUGAGUUCAACUAAAACAACUGCUAAAUAUUCAGGAUCAAAUUUGUAUUCAAGAAAGAUAAGCACCAAUUUUUAUAGUAUCACAAACGAAGAACAAAAUAUUUACUGCACAAUAAACGCAGACGGUAAUGCAUUUGAAGAACCGGAUUGUAUUGAUGGUAUUUUGGAUGAUGGAAAUGAACUUACUUUAAAAUAUAAUGGAGUCUCUGAUACUCUUCCAAUUAUAUCAAAUCAUUUAAAAUUUGUUACAUUUUUAUUCGACUCAACCAAGAAGAUAAAAACAAUUCAUAAUUACGUUUUUACGACUUUAACAGUAACACAUGAAAAUAUUUACUUAACAAACGUCACUAUCAAUGCAAUCGAAUUGAAAGACACUUUUGUAUAUGGCACUUUAUACGAAAGUAGUAUCUCAACUUUGAGUAUAACAGGUUCUGGAUACAUAGUUCACGAUGCCACUUCUUAUACGUCGAAAUUAAACAGAAUCAGUGACACGCUUUAUCGAGAAAUGAGUGGAAAUAAUGAAUUGAAACUAAAAUGUGUUUUGAAUUGCGAUGAUACAAAAUGUUCUUUUGAACAACAAGAUUGUGAGUCUCUUGCUGACUCAACUUAUAUGACACUUGUCGCUAAAUCCGGUCUGGCCAACAUCGACUCAAUUCCAGGCGCCAAUAUCAAAACUUUUGCUGAGUGCGAUUUUUCAUUAGCUUUACCGCUCACUUUACAAACAGGUGUUGAAUUAACUUGCAAUAAAUUGAAUAAUGGUGCUUCAAAUCUCAUUAUUAAAAGUGGUUUUUUAAAAAUCGUUAACAUGUAUACUUCAACAUCUUUCAAACUUUCAGUGUUGUACAACCUUCCUUUGAAUUAUGUCAUAUCCCUCAAAUUUGUGUGGGUCAAAAAUGAACAAAUCGAGACUGAGUAUUGUGUGAAAGCCAAUUCUGAAUUUGCUCGUUGUUCGAGAACUGUUAAUUCCGACCUAUUGAUGGACAGAUGUGAAUAUCAAACAUCUUAUAAUUUCAUCGAUUGUGAUCAAACACAAGAUUAUCACGUUGACUUUGAAAUGAUCAAAUUGUACCUUAAAGGCCCCACAACAUCUGAUGCUUUUCAAAUGGGAAAAGUAUUUAAUGUAGAGUAUUUAUUCCUUGGUUCUGAAAGCUGUACAUUUACAACAAGUUCAAUAACUGUUACAACAACUUUAGAUGUAUCUACAUGCACUUCACUUAACAUCACUUUAUUAAAUAAUGAAGCUCUUAACGUCAUACCAAAUACCAAGCUUUAUGGGAUACUUUCAACUUCAAAUAAAUUUUCUUUGAGCACAACAACAAUUCCAGCGGAUUCUUUGCCCACACUCAGUUCAACGGUUGAAACCAUAUCGAUAAACAAAGGAAAUACUGCUGUCCAAUGGUGGUACACACAAGAAGCAAAAUGUUCAAUAACAGGAACAAACGUUGAUUUUAAUUUGAGAGAUGUAUGUUACUCUAUAUUGAAUUUCACUUCAAUCGAUAUCGAAUUGACAACAACUGGUACUAUUUUAGAAACAUCCAGAACAUUUAAAACUAUUUCCAAUUUAAAUUCAUUGAAUAGAAUUGAUCAACCAAAUCUCCAAUUGUUGUCAUUGAACAUUGUUACAGCCGAUAAAGAAUUCACUUUGAAAUCAGUUGAGACAUUAACUCUUGGUGCAAAAACAACAAUCAACAUUCAAAAUGUCGACUUACUUACUGUGAAUAGUGAUGGUUGUAAAGUUUCUAUCGGCUCGUUAACCAAAAAAAUUGUCUUUGGAAAUGAAGGGAUAUUUUUUAAUGGAAUGAUUACUACUGAGACUGUUGUGGAGACAGAAGUUGCGACUGUUUCAUCACAAUUCAAAAGAUACGGAACAACAUCACUUUUGUGUAGUUCAAUUUCUGAUAGUCAAUUUACAGAGUUUGAUUGUAAUGAUCAAACAAGAGUAGACUACACUUUCAUGACUUUACAAGUUGGAUUCAGUUCGAGUCAAAUAGACCAGCAAUUUAAGAAAUGUAUCAUAAAUGGUGACGGAUAUUCUGUAUCAAAUAUUAAAUGUACAACCACAGAAAUAACUGCGAAUACAUUCACUCUUACCAAUUGUCAACUUGGAACACUGGCUAUAAACAAAGUUGAUAAUAUCAAUAGAAAGAUGACUGGUUCAAAAAUGAAUAUUACUGAUUUAAGCGCACAAAUACCUGAUAUACCAGUGUUUUAUAGUGACAUGUUAAUAACAAUUGGAGAUUCGGCCCAGUAUUUAACCGCUCAAAAAGUGACAGACACGCAUUACAGAUACUUCGGAACAAAAACAACAAAUACAGCUUGUGUUUAUAAUAAUACCGGAUAUAAUAUUGUUGAUUGUAACACUGAUGCUUCAAUAGGACUGGAUUUGACAAUUAGUUCAAACAAUUUUAGAAAUAUUGACCAUAUUUUUAAGUCUGCUUUUAUAACAACAGAUGUCACAGUUAUCAAUGCAUUAAAAGCAACAAAAUUUAGUCCGGUUUUCACCGAAAGUUUAACUAUUAACGGCCUGCAAGUCACAACUUUGAAACUUCCAACUACAUACAAGUCACUUGAAAUAUUAUCAACGAAUCUCGAGUCAACAAUAACUGAAAUUGAAAAUGGAGCAGUUCCUCUAUUUGUCGGAAAAGUUACAGUUAAUUCACCCAACGUGCACAAUUCUGUAAUAAAUGCACAAUUUAACAGAUAUUACAUUGAAACACUUGGACUUGAUUGUAAUUGUGAAGAUGGGACAAGUGUGAUCGAAUGGGAUUGUAUAAACACUUACGAUCUCAGUGUUAGAACGUUUAAAUGCACCAAAGAAAAUGAGUUCACUUUUGGCGAAACAUUCUCUGAUAAAUUCAAAACUAUUGAAGUGUCUUCUAAUAUUAUUUUAAAUAAUAUCAAUUGUGACACUCUUAAAAUAAUGAGCCCAAGUUACACAAUUAAAAGUGGUGUUGCUAAAACCAUUUCAAUUGGAAUAAAACAUCUUGACGGUACAUUUACUGGAUCAUUCAAUACGAUCACUUCAACAUCUGAUACAUUUAACUUGGACUUAAUGCAUUAUCUUAAGAAUCAAGAAAAUGACAAACUCCCAACUCUAGAAAUACCCACAUCAUCAUUAACUGUUCAUUUUGUGUUACUCUCAACAGACAAAUUGAAAUAUAGAGUAUCGACAGUUGAUGCAUUAUACUGCACUUAUACUUCAGAAGAUACGACAACCCAAGAAGCACAAUAUUUAGAAGGUGAUUGUUCAACACCAGUUGAUACCCAGAUUCUUAAAAUCGAUUCAACAAAACCAACAAAAACUACUUUAUUCGCAAAAAGUGGAAUGAGGACAUUUGCAUCAUUGAUGACUGCUCAAUCAACACUUGAAUUACCGACUGUUAGUUUGACGUCUUUGACUGGAAACGGACUUGAUACAAAAAUUCCGAUGACAUACACAUUGGGACACGUUGAAACAUUCACACCAAUUAGUCAGUUAAGCUUUUCAAUCAAAUCCAAUGUAAAAAGCAUAUCAUUUUCUGAACAAUCUCCAGAUGCUUAUAUUGAAGGAUCUGUAGAAACAGUUUCAACAACAAAUUCUUUUGAUUCAACACAUUUAUUUGUUUUGAAAUCAACUGCACCUCCCAAAUCCACAUUAUUUACAACUAAAAUAGCAACAGAUACAUAUCGUGUAAGUUCUAAAGCAGACACAAAUGGUUCGAAUAAAAUCUGUACAUUAUCAACUGAUACAACUAAAUUUGACGAAUUUGAUUGUAAUAAAUACUCGGUUAAUGGCGAAAACCAACUUAAUUUGGUAUCAACCAAUGUGAUAAUAGAUUUGACCGGGUUGCAUUUACAAAACUUCGAAAGUGCAGAAUUGCUUGGUGCGACUUCAAUUACUGAUUUGACAGUGUCGUUACAUUUGAAUACUGGAAUGAUUGAUGUAACUUUCAUAACAUGUAACAUCUCAACACUUCAAAUAAAAGAUGAAAUUAUAGCUCAGUACUUCUUCAUAGAUUCAUUAGUUAUCACUCACAAUGCAACAAACAACCCUAUUUUUGUUUUUGAUGAAAAGUCAUACACAAAGUUCACUCCACUUGCUUCAACUUCCAAUUUGAAAACAACACAAAUAUCUACAGAUACACCUUAUUAUCGUGUUAGAAAAACUGCUGUUGAUCAAAUAUGUACCGCAGUUGAUUCGACUGCUUUGUAUUCUGAGUGGGAUUGUAAUAAAUAUGCUCAAACAAAUCCAACAAAUGCAUUGAUGAAUUUAAAAAUAAGUGGAAACCAAGUUCAAAUAAGUUCAAAAAUUUUACACUUCAAAGAUAUUACUUUUAAUGGAGUUGAAUCAGUGGAAUACAUUUUGACCAUUUCCGAUUCAACUAAAUUGUGGAUCGAUUCGGUGUCUUUUGCAUCUACAACGGCAAAUGUUUAUUAUAAUUUGGAUAUGAAAAUUACAACCCUCACUAUCGCUGAGACUAUCGCAUUUACUAUAUUUGGAGGGAAUCUUGAACUCACUAAUCCACCUUCAGGAUCGUCAACAUCAAAUUUCAUUGCAUUGAUUUCUAAUGGAAAAACGUUAACUGGUAAUUCCAAUCUCAACACAAUAAAAAUUGGAAGCGAAUCAACUUAUCGAUAUUCGAGAAUUUCUAAAGCAACAACACUUGAUUGUACCUAUAUAUCUGCAACUAAUAAAUUCAAAGAACUCGAUUGUCUCAUAACUACAUCCGAAAGUUCUUUGUACAACUUUGUUUCAUCCAAUUUUAACCUCGUUUUUACAGACACAACAGUUGAUUUUAAUAACAACGCAAUUGUGUUUUCCACGAUGAAAUAUCCUACAGAUUCUACGACUCAUAUGUUCGCUUUAACAACACAAAAAACAUUAACAUUUAAUGUUUUAAUUAUUAAGGAUCUUGUUAACAUCAACAAUUUUAUAACAAUCAACAAUGAAAUCGACUUCGAUCAAUCUUCAAAUUAUGACUUCACAUCAAGAUCUCUUUCAUUAAACUUUAUAUCAUCUGUUAUUUUGAAAGUUAAAACAUCUUCUUCGACUGAUUACACAACAGACCCAGGAAGCAAUUCCUAUCCUUUGUUCACUGGAACACAAACAGGAAUUAAACCCGAGUGGUUAAAUAAGCAAGGGUGUUCCGAUAAAGCACAAGUGACUUACUCGUUAAAAGUUGUUCAAUCAGUUUCAGAAGUAAAAGUCCUUCGAACUGUUACAUAUUCAGAUCUUGCAUUUGAAUCGUCUCAAAUCACAUUUACAAAUCCAACAUUGGAUACCCCAAUUGAAAUUACAUUCAAACUUCUGACUAUUGAAAAGCCAAUUAUUUUUGGUAAUGGAGUUUCUGUACGCAUAGAGGCAUAUACAUUCACUGAAGGAUCAAAUGGAUUUUUGCAACUUGAUUCCACACAAGGUAUCGUACUUCCAACAACAAUACCAUCGUAUGCAAUCAUCAUAUCUGCAAUGCAACUUACUUCACUUACUACAGCUGUAAAAUGUCAAAUUUCUGAAGAUGUUACUCGGUAUGUCAUUAAGAAUGGUAUUACUAAUGGCUGUGAAUGUUGGAAUCAAUUAGCCGAUUGUGCAGUUCCUCAAUAUUCGUUGAGUAAAUAUUACUUGAAAAUAUCUCAAAAUGUCGAUCUUACGUCAAGUUUUUCAUCAAUUCAAAUCACUGGACUGACACCUCAAAGUUUAAUAUCAAUAUCAUCAGUAACUUUACAAACGAUAAAAACAUUAGAUAUUUCAAGUGUUUCAAAUUUGAGACAACUCAAUAUUAAAGGUGCAACACAAGUCGAAAGCUUUAUUAAUAAAGACAUAUACACCAUAUUUGAAAACAAACUUCCUAAACAAGUCGAAUCACUUUCUACAGUUGAUUAUAAGUAUGGAUUUAAUUCUCUUCUCUCACCAAUAUCAUUAAGUACGAUGAAAGCAAUUGACUGUGGAAAUCCAUCUUCACAUUUCUAUAGAAAUAUGAUUGGUGCCACUGAUGCUACUUGUGAGUGUAAAUAUAGUACACCACUUGUCGAUUGUCCAUUCACUCCAAUUAAUUUCAACUUGAAUUUGGAUGUUCCAGAUACUUCAACGAGUAAAUUCACACUUUCUAAUGUCUGGAAAAACGUCUUGUUAUCACACACAACGGAGACAAACACUAAAGAUGAAAUCGUUUUGGCAGUCAGUGGAAACAUUUUUAUUGUUGGGAGUAAUAACUUCAAAUUAUCAUCGACUUUGACACAAAAACCAACAGCAACUGCAGAAUUUAAAAGUGAAAACACUGCAUAUAUUGAAACGACAGGUAUUUUGUUAUCUAUUGCUGCAACAAGUCAAAAUACGAAUUACCCUUUAUUUGUGAGUACUGAUGAUUAUGGAAGUGGCAAUUACCAAAAAUGUAAUAGUGUUUAUCGACACUUUUCAACUGGAGUUACUAAGAAUUGUGACUGUAUUUACAGUGAAAGUGGAUUAUCAUCAAAAGACUGUGUUUUCCAAUCAACAAAUUACAAUUUGAAAACGACAUUAUCGACCAUAACGUUGAAUUACAAUUGGUCGUCAUUCGAAACACCAAUAACAUCUUCAUUGUUUAAUUUACACAUGAACUCAAAGUACAUUUCAACAAUUAAAAUUAAAUGUCCGACUAAUAUUGAUGGAAUUGUCACACAAAAAGGAACAAUUGUUACUGAUGGUACAAAUUACUUGACCAUCUCUACAACAGGAACUGAAUUCGAUAUACCAGUAGAUCAAUGCAAUACUUACUGUGCUACUUAUCAAGACAGUGUUACUACACAUCCAAACACCGCAAGCUGUGGAACAAACAAUCAAAGAGUUUCUAAUAACAAUCAGUGUUACUGCACAAUAAAUACAGCGGGAAAUAGUUUCUCUGAGACAGACUGUAAUCACGACGAAUCUUUGGUUGGAUAUGAUCUGAAGGUGAACAACGAAAAUCAACAAUUGCGGUUGACAAAAACACUGUCGUUUAACAAACUAACACUCACCCCACCAACACAAGUUAUUUUCACUUCAACAAACUCGAUUUCUUUUAAACUGAUUGAUGUCAACAUUCCAAUCACUUUUAAUAUGCAAGUCACUAUAAUUGAAAUGCUGAAUCAAAUUAGAGCAAACACUAUCAAAUUCUUGAAAACAACUACAAUUACAAGUGUUACUCCAUUAACAAAUGGAUUCAUAUUAUUUGAUACCGAUUCUUCAAAUACUCUCACGAUAAAUGCAGUCUCGGACAGUGUUCAAUCAUGUUUAGACUUUGCAUAUUCAAAUCACCAGAAUAUUAAUAGUGGAAGUUUGAAACAAGUAAAAUUGAAUGGCAAAACAACUUUAAGAACAUCGAGUUGUGUAGAUAAUAAAGCACUUGAGUGUUAUUUCACAAAAGAAAAUGAGAAUUAUGACGAACAGUUUUCGACAUUGAAUUGUCCGUGUGAUGCCGUAAUAGGAUCUGAGACUACAACCGUUCCAUGUGUAUUACACGCUCAAAGUAUUGUAGAAGGGAAAACGUUUAAAAUGCAACACAACAUUGAAGCUGAAUUUAAAAUUGAAUCCAACAUCAUUUUCUCAUCUACUUCUUCAUUUACUAUUAAAAAUGUCACAUUUACUGGUACAACUUUGAGUUUUAAAGAUUCAAAGGAUAUUACAAUCAAGAAUUUCACUGUCACAAGAGCAGUUACAAUUUCGGGUAAUAUUAACAUAGAAAAUCAAUUUGGUAAUGUCGCUGCUACACUUCAAAAUAACAAUAAAAUCGUUACUUUACAACAAUUUAAUUUUGCAUCAAUUUAUUCGUCGUCAUCAUAUGAAUAUAUUUUAACUGGAACUGCUUUGGGUUAUUCACUCAUUUGUAAAAGGUGUACUAUUAGAGGAACUAAUCAGAAAAUAACUUCAUUGACAAUUGGAGAUUCUAAUUUGUACCAAUUUGAAAAAGAAUCAACAACAAACAUUUCAAAAAUUGUUUUCAAUGCCAAUGGAGAUUUUGAGUUGUUACAAAUCGAUGGAAAAGUCAAUUUUGACUCAACCGUGUUACAAGAAGAUUUUAAAUUUUCGUACCCAAUCGUGAUUUCAAAACUAAAUAAUAAUACAAGUGUCACAACACAAUCACAAGCAGUGAAAGUGCUUUGUAACAAUAUGGUUACAAUUGCAAAUGACUUUUCACAUUCGCAAUUUUGUGAAUCGAAUGAUUAUCAAGAAGACAAUGAAUUUGAUGACAUUAAUAAUUGUAAUAAAAACUCAUAUUGUACACUCACAAUAAAAUCAAAGAACGAAACUAAGAUAUCUAAAAAUUAUAAUGUUGUUACAUGCAAUGACGAGUGCACAAUCACCUCGUUUGACUCCAAAGUGACUAAAUUAAAUAUAAAAGGAACUGGUUCAAACAUUAUUACCAUAAAAGUCUCUCCAACUUUCCAAGUAAGAGCACAGGAUUGUAUUCUCAAUGUUGAAACUGAUUUGAGACUUUCUGCAAAAUCAGUUGCUAUAACACGAACUACUGGAACAGUAACUUUAGUCGACUCAACUUUGAAAAAAUUGGAUGCUGUUAAUGUUGUAAUAACAGGAGAAGUGACAAUUGAAGGUGAAGCAUCUAUUUCUAAUAGUCUGACUCUUUCUUCAGGAAGUUUGACCUGCAAGUCUUUAACUGUAAAAAUGAUGAUUGUUCCAAAUAACAAAUUUGGAGCAUUGACAACUGGUACAUUCACAUUAUCUUCUGGAGGAAGUAUUAACGCUCCAAAUUACUAUAACUAUUACUCAACCACAUAUACUGGUUGUUCUCCAAAUGAUGGAAUUUUGACUGCCGGACGCACAUAUGAUAUUACCAACUUGAGAUGCGUGACUUUGGUUGAUAGACAAAUUGACUUGAAUUCUCUGAACGCAUAUCAAAGUCAUGUCAACAUGAAGUGCAAUGAAUUUACAAUUCCAAUACUAGUGAAAUCUACAACUGUUAGUGUGUCAAAGCAAACGACAAUUAAUACUGGAGUGUUUGUAUCAACAGCAACAAAAUUCAUUGGGAAUUAUAUCCUUAAAAACUUUACUACAAACUCGGAAGUCAUUUUUACAGAUCAUAUCAACGUUGUAUGUUCAUCUCAAAUCGUUACGACAGGGACAAUUAAAAUAAUAGGAAAUGGUGAAGUGCAUAAUUGUCCAAUAGUAAUCCAAGCAUCAACAAAUGAUAUAUUAAUUGAUCAAGUCUCUUCUAUCGAACUUAGUAACACUGGUGUAUUCACUAUGAGUUCGGGUAUUCAAUCGAUGACUCUUAUUAUUUCAAAGGAAGAGUUUGAUAGAACAAUUACUCUUGACAAAGAAAUCAAAACAUUAACAAUUUUGGAUGAAACAACAAAACAAGCCGACCAUGUACUCUUGGUUAAUACGAUAUCAAUAACAGGAGGAGCACUUGGAGAUAAAUAUAAAUUUGUGUGUAACAAUAAAAAAGUCGUUUCAAAUAAUUCACAAAAUUUCAGUUGUGACGAUUUUUCAUAUUCAAUAGAGUACCAAGACACCUCUGCAGCAUACACUCCGACACAAGGGUGUCUCAAUUCUUAUGAUAUUAACUGUAUUGCAAAAGUCACUGUAUUACCUGGUUCAACACUCACUUCACUGAAUUUAGUCGGAAUUAACUCACAAACAGUCAUUCUGUAUUUAAAAGCGCCAAAAGUAUUAAGAGUGAAUUUGGAUACCGACGUUCAAAAUUUCACGAUUGUAGGCAAUGGUGAAACAUAUGGUGUUGUUUUACCGGCUCUUUUACCAAAAUACACAACUGUUAACAACGCACUGUUAACAGUUGAAAACAGUGGAAGUCAAAUUACAAUAAAACACGUUGUGUAUCUCAAAGCAGACGAAACAUCAACAAUUGAACUUAACAACUUGAAAGUGAAUAUCUGGGAAUUAAAGUGUUCGAAAGUGACAUUAAAUGGUAUAACAGGAGCCGUUUAUUCUCCAAUAACAGUUGAUUCCAUGAAAGUGACUAAUACUCAAUUGGAAGUGUAUGAUUCAAUUGAUAUCAAUACUUUAAAUGUCGACAAAACAGCACAAGACGUUGCUGUGUUUACAGCCAAACAAAACAUCGAAAUGAUUAAUAUUGAAGAAGGUAUUCCAUUGACUUCUUUAGACUGUAAAUAUAUAGUCGAUUAUCAACUUGCUUCUGUUAAACCAAUACUGUCUGAUUAUAUUAAAUUAAACAAUUUCUCGUCAUAUGGACGCAUAUUCACAGGAGUGUGCUCAUUCAAAUUGGACAAUUGUUCCAUCCUUCCAACUACAAAAUGUACAGUCGAUGUGCACGAAUCGGGAAAUUACCAAUUCAUUUCAUUGUGCCCCAACAGCUCCAUUCCUAUUGUUCUUUCUAAGGCAAUAUGUGAAGAUUCAAAGGAAAUUGCAAUAAACGGAAUAUCAGAUAAAUCAUAUAACAAAUUCAUUCUUCCUGAAAACGCGGUGUUACAGUCUUCAGCGACAUCUUCAAUCGAAAUCAAAACCCUUGAUAUGCAACAAACUGUCACUUUCUUGAGUCCAUAUAUCAUCAAAACGUUACAAUCAAGUGUUGACACAACGGUAGUAAUUAACUGUAAAGCAAACACGCAAAUAGAAACGUUGGUACUAUCAAAACCAGUGAAUAUAACCAUUUCCCAAGGUUCUGCACUUACGCUUUCAUCACAAAAAGUGACUUCAUAUGAAAUAGCGAAAUUGGAAAUUGGUGGAAAUGACUUAAGUGUCUAUGGAUUAACCGCAAAUAUAGUUGUUACAGAUUUGGUCUUCGAAGCCACUUCUUCUGACAAUUCCAUUAUUAAAGUCAAUACACUUGAUUUGUCGAAAAUAAAUACCAUCGAAUUCAAAAGUGGAGUCAGAACAUCACAUAUUCCACUUAUCAACACUGUUGAAAAAAUGACAAUUCCGACUCAGAUGUUUACUGAUACUUCUCUUGUUUGUGAUGGUAAAACGUUGAUAUACAAAUACGUAGAUAAUAAAGGAGAGUCAACGGCAUUCCAAUGCCCAGAUAACGUCAAAUGCAUUAUGCAGGACAACACACAAUGUAUACGAUCUUUAACACAAACAGACUACAUUCAGAAACAUGUCAUUGAUAUACCAAAUACUUUCAAUGGAAAUUCAAUUCAACUGGGUGAUAACUCUCAAGUUACGAAGAUCUAUGAUGUCGUAAAUGUAAAUAAACCAGACCUAAAUAUUCAAGUUGAAAAGGGUGGAAUUUAUGUGUUUAAUAUAUAUGCGAAAGGAAUUCAAAUAUCAUGUGCGGAGACGGGAUCAACAACAGACUCGAUUUGUCAUAUAAUAAUCAAUAAUUUGAACGUCGACUUUAAUGAAGUGGUGCUAUCUGGGAAGAACAUGGAACUCAAAGAAGACAUAACAAUUGACAAUUUGGUUGCUAAUGUUGCAAUCAGUGGAGAUAUCACUUUAAGUUCAUUUGAAGUGACAUCAUUAACGAUUCGAGUCAAAGAUGGAGGUAUCAUGAGAGUGAAACAAUAUGCUUCUAUGAAAUCUUUAACACUUGAAAAGGGCUCGACUGUAUAUUCGUCAGACUCUUUUGACACAGAUGAGGUGAUUUACAAUGGUGGACAAAUUAUAAUUGAUGCAGAUAACACAGAAGCUGUUUUGAAUGUGAACAUCUUUAAUAUUGUAGCUGGAAGUAUCGAUAUUCCAAGUAAUGGGUGUUUGAAUGUCAUUAACAGAAAGAAACUAAAAGAUUUAACACAAGAAGUUGUGAUUCCCGAACUUGUUUGGAAAGGAAAAGUAGUUUUUGAUAAUCAAGGCGAGAUGGUGACAAAAGACUGUGGAUACUCAAAACUUGACAUUUGUGCAAAUAAAGACGUGGAAAAUGAAUGUGAAAAUAUAGAGUGUAGCCCAACUGACGGAGAUACAAGACAAAUAUGUUUCUGUACAUAUGAUCCUGCUAUUAAACAAGACUGUUCUCUUGCUUGCCCGAUAACUGAAAACACAGACUGUGUGUUCGAACCUUUACAAACAUCAACGGCGUUGUUUAAUAAAAUUACAAUUCCAACAACAAACACUUUGGUGAUCAACAAGUUGUUCAAAUUCUUUGUAAUGAAAAUGAGUCAAAACAUAAAUAUAAGAGCAACGAAAUCACUUAAUAUAUACCAAAUAACUGAUGAAGGAGAAAAUGGAGCAGGAACAAUCGCAAUUGACUCAAGUGCAGACAUUACAAUCGAUUCAAUUAGACUGACACAGUCAAGUUCCAUUCUCACAAUUAAAGCAAAUGCAUUGACUACACAAGAACUGUAUGUCAUCAAUGGAGCAACUUUAAAUAUCAACUCGGAAGUCACUCUACCAACAUCACAAUCUGGGUUCGAAUUUGAUACCAAUCUUACUAAUGUUCCAAGUGUCACUCGACAAAUUUACUUUGGAAAAGACGCGAAAAUCAAUCUACUGGAAAAUGCAUACUUUACCAUUCAAGGCCCAACUACUAAAGACCAAAUCACUAACAAGUUUGAUGCAACAUAUAACAAAAUGACACUUGAUGAGUGUACUGUCACUCUUGACGCUGAUUACAUCGGAAAAGUCACAAAGAAUUAUCCAAAUGUCGUGUUUAACUUUGAAGUGAUUGGAGAAGUGAUUAUCAAUAAGGCAACAGUGAUGUAUAAAGAUAAAGCUCCAAGUGACAAAAAUGUUACUCUUAUAUUGAACAAUGAUGUUUCACAUAUAACAACAACCGAAUUUAGUACUAAGAAUGUUAUUGAUGAUCAGAACUACGCACUCAUUGUUGGACAGUCAAAUGCCGUCUUGGACAAAACUGCAAUUCCGGAAUUGUCAUGCGAUCUGACGUCAGAGUUCUCUGGGAAAGUCUCAUCUGAAACGAAAUGGAAGAGAAGUCAGUGUCCAUGCAAUGGAGAGACGUGUAUAGUCAACACUGAAUCAGUGGUCAACACAGUUAACUAUGAAGUUACCAACAUCACUUUUGCAAAGUAUUACACGACAAACGGAUUGUUGGAAGGAACAUCUGCAAACAUCAGUGAGUUGAUUUCACUUGGUGGAACCACUGAAGUCAAAGUGACAAAUUCGAAUAUAGAAAUGGUAACAAUGGAAAAGAGGGGAAUUAUCUCAUUCACGAAACCGAUGAAGGUCCCAAUAAUCAAUGGAUUAGAAGAGUCUGGAACAAUUGAUGUGAAGACGCACUCGUUGACAACAAAAAGUAUCACAAAUGUCGACUUGUCUAUUUCGACUGGUUCAAUUUUACUCGAAAAGGAAACAACAGGCAAUUUUAAUGGAAGAACAAUCACAGUCGCUGCGAGUGGAAGACUCGACAUCUAUUCUUCAAAAAUCAUAUUUGAUGAUAAGACCAAUUUCAACGUAAAAGUCGAAGCUGGACAACCCGCUUUAAUUUCAGUUGAUGACGACGCAGUUGGUGACACACUAUCUAUCACAAAUGCACACUACAAAGUCACGAUACCAAGUGGGUCAAGUGGAAAGAUCUUCACUGUUCUUCGUGUGUUGACUCCAAUCAACAUUGCAAACUUUGAGUUUACAGAAGAUCCGACAACACCAGGUGGAAGUGUGAAAACGCAACUCAAAAGUGGAACGUUUGCAUUCAAAGAAGCGUGCAAUGGUGUUGUAUUGACCGACUUGCCUAAUGAACAGAUCACGUGUCCAGAAGAUCGAAUGGCCCGUGUUGUGGAGAAGUUUGAGUUCCCAAUGUACAUGAUAGCCGUCAUUAUUAUCUUUGUGUUGGUACUUGCUGUCAUUGUAGCACUUUUGAUUGCUUAUGUCGUCCACGUCUAUAUUGUUAGAAAAAGGAACAUGAAAGUCUUUGAAGAAGGUGAAGAGAUCGCUGUUGAUGAAAAUAAGCAGGAUGAGGAAAUUAAAAACGAAGAUAACAAGCCAACGAACAAUGAAGUAAAAAGGGAAAAUGUUAUAGCUCCAGUACCUUCUGAAGUUCCACUUGCAAAUGAUCAGAAGAAAACAAGUGUACUAGACAAGACGUCGGAAUCUGGAUCAGGAAGCAAUUCUGGCUCAAAUAAAGACUAA